UCCAGCCGGGACGCCUCGCUCUGUGGUCGCGGCUCUUGAUCUAUUAACACCCAGGACUUGCGUGUUUGUUUUGGAUGCCCACGACCGACCAACGACCAACUGUUCUCCGAUGCGCGAUAUUUUGCUGUCCCGAAUGAUCUUUCCCAGCGUGGGUGAAGCGUCAACUCGGCUGUGGGAUUUAGCUGCUAACAAGCUAACUGAGUGUAAACAAGAUGAAGCGGACGAAAGGCGCCAAGAAUGACAGCAACGACUCCUCCAGCAAGAGCCCGCCCGAGGCUCACAAGAAGAUCCGGAAGGAGUCGAUUGCGGUGUCUGAGGCCGGCGACUCGCCAGAUUUCAACUGGGCUCACCUGCCCCAGGAGCUCCUCCUCCACAUCUUUCAGUACCUAACACUGCUGGACCGGGCCUACGCCUCUCAGGUGUGCCGUGGGUGGAACCAAGCCUUCCACAUGCCUGAGCUGUGGAGAUGCUUCGAGUUUGAGCUCAACCAGCCCGCCAGCUCCUACCUGAAGGCCACGCAUCCGGACCUUAUCAAGCAGAUCAUCAAGAGGCACUCUAACCAUCUGCAGUAUGUUAGCUUCAAGGUGGACAGCAGCACUGAGUCUGCAGAGGCUGCCUGUGACAUUCUUUCACAGUUGGUGAACUGCUCAUUAAAGACCUUGGGGCUCAUCUCGACAGCCAGGCCCAGUUUCAUGGAAGUUUCAAAGUCUCACUUCAUCUCUGCUCUGACGGUGGUCUUUGUCAACUCCAAGUCGCUGUCGUCGCUGAAGAUCGACGACACGCCGGUGGACGACCCCUCGCUGAAGGUGCUGGUGGCCAACAACAGCGACACGCUUAAACUGCUCAAGAUGAGCAGCUGCCCUCACGUCUCGCCAGCAGGCAUCAUGUGUGUGGCCGAUCAAUGUCACGGCCUGAGAGAGCUGGCGUUGAACUACCACCUUCUGAGCGACGAGCUGCUGCUCGCCCUCUCCUCGGAGAAGCACGUACACCUCGAGCAUCUGCGCAUCGACGUGGUGAGCGAGAACCUGGGCCAGCACUUUCACACCAUCAAGAAGAGCAGCUGGGACGCCAUGGUGCGCCACUCGCCCAAGUUCAACCUGGUCAUGUACUUUUUCCUCUACGAGGACGAGUUCGGGCCCUUUUUCAACGAGGAGAUGCCCGUCACGCAUCUUUACUUCGGCCGCUCCGUCAGCAAGGAGGUGCUCGGUCGGGUGGGCCUCUACUGCCCCCGCCUGGUGGAACUGGUAGUGUGCGCCAACGGUCUGCGCCCCCUGGACGAGGAGCUGAUCCGCAUCGCCAAGCACUGCACCCAAUUGUCGGCCAUCGGCCUGGGCGAGUGUGAGGUCUCCUGCAGCGCCUUCGUGGAAGUUGUCAAAAUGUGCGGCCGCCGCCUCUCACAGCUGUCCAUCAUGGAGGAAGUGCUCAUCCCGGAUCACAAGUACUCCCUGGACGAAAUCCACUGGGAGGUGUCCAAGCACCUGGGCCGGGUUUGGUUUCCGGACAUGAUGCCCACCUGGUAAAAGAAUGACUAGAGUGUGGAACUCCUGUGGAGUGAAGUGCAGGAACUAUAACGCAGAUUCCAAAGUCACGGAAGCACUAAAUCUCAGAUGGUUGUCUUGGAUACGAGAAACCUGCUGUGCCUCAUCAAAAAUGGAACUCAUCGGGCUUCUUCCCUCGAGGAAACCUUUUUAUAAAGGAGUUUAGCAUAGUGAUGACUCAGCACAUCGUUUGUUGCACUACCACUUAAAUUGCAGCUCUGCAGCACAGUAUGGAGAUGCGGUUUUUCAAACGAUGAAGCCUGGAUUAUGCUUUAAUUUGACAUCUCAAUCUAUUUAUAGCUCUUUGGCGUGCAAUUCUUCCCCGGAGCGCUGGUGGCCGGUGUUUUACAGAGCGUCAACUUAGAGAGUAAUCGUUAUUCUCGUCGACCAUUUAUUGUGUUUUCUGGACUAUAGAGUGCACCGGUAUAUAAGCCACACCCACUAAAUUUGGAAGAAAACAAUAUUUUUCCACAUAUUAGCCGCACUGGACUAUAAACCGGAGAUUAUGUUGUGAAAUGAGUUAUUUGCACAGAAGGAUUUUUUAAAUGUUUAAUUACCUUAAUUGUUUCUACGGGAGUAAAACAACUAAUUUUCACAGACCCAUAAACUGCGGAAGCUCGCUCUCCAAUCAGCUGAACAGACUUAACUUCAAAGUAACAUUUUGGUGAAUUUAAUGGGGAAUUUUUGAAACUGAAACAAUACAAAAAGAAUGCCAUUGUAAGUUAAUAAUACUAACACAGACACUAGCUUGAUUACAUUACGAUAGCGUGUAGAAAUAAGCACAAAAACAGUACUUUUAAACAUGUGACGCUUUAGUACGUAUGAAUUCCAUCCAUCCAUCCAUCUUCUUCCGCUUAUCCGAGGUCGGGUCGCGGGGGCAGCAGCUUAAGCAGGGAAGCCCAGACUUCCCUCUCCCCAGCCACUUCGUCCAGCUCCUCCCGGGGGAUCCCGAGGCGUUCCCAGGCCAGCCGGGAGAGAUAGUCUUCCCAGCGUGUCCUGGGUCUUCCCCGUGGCCUCCUACCGGUCGGACGUGCCCGAAACACCUUCCUAGGGAGGCGUUCGGGUGGCAUCCUGACCAGAUGCCCGAACCACCUCAUCUGGCUCCUCUCGAUGUGGAGGAGCAGCGGCUUUACUUUGAGCUCCCCCCGGAUGGCAGAGUUUCUCACACUAUCUCUAAGGGAGAGCCCCACCACUCGGCGGAGGAAACUCAUUUCGGCCGCUUGUACCCGUGAUCUUGUCCUUUCGGUCAUGACCCAAAGCUCAUGACCAUAGGUGAGGAUGGGAACGUAGAUCGACCAGUAAAUCGAGAGCUUUGCCUUCCGGCUCAGCUCCUUCACCACAACGGAUCGAUACAGCGUCCGCAUUGCUGAAGACGCCGCACCGAUCCG